AUGUCGAGCGAAACGAAUAGUGACCUUACUGUUGCGGGGUCUUCCUCUGGUGAAACGUUAUCUAUUACCUCUGUCGUUACUACUUCCGCAGAUAACACCAUGUUGGAAGAUACUGCUGAAAAACAAGCACGUAAGAAGCAAAGCAGACAAAGCUGGAAAGGCUCAUCUAAGGGCGACGGUAAUUAUACUAAAGGAAAUAAAACUGCCGCCGUCGUAGAAGACAAUAAUUGGAACGACAAUAGUGAUGAAAGGAAGAAAAAAGAAAAGAAGACGAGUAAAAAUCGUAACCUCUCAGCUGAUGGGACCGAUCAACCUAAAAACAAAGAUGAUGUGUUGGACUUAAAUGACAACAAGCAAUCUGUUGCCCAACACCAACGUAGAAAGUCAACGGCUAACACUCUUGAUAUCCCAAAUAAAAACAAAAAUUCUAACAACAACCUCAACAAAUCAUCUCAUCGUCGUGGUACUUCUAUGGCUAAUGUUGCGGAAAUCCAAAGUGCUUCCUCAAAAAAUGCUGCCGGGAAAUCUAGGGGUAGUAAAGAUGACUCUGAAAACAAGUCUGAUGCCCUUGAAUCUCUACAACAAAUUAUUGCUAGUCUCAAAAAUUUGCCAGUCGUUCCUCCUAAACCUCAAAAAUCAGAUAAAAAAGAUGAAGAAAGCCAAACUGAACCUACGUCAAAACAUAAACGAGGAGAAUCAAGCAUUAGUUCUGGAAAACGUCCUUCCGCUGCAAAGCAGCACAAGAAAAAUGCAUCCGUUUCAUUUUCUUUUCCUUUGACUUCUUCGGCGGUUACCAGUUCAUUGAAAGGCAUUCCUGACUCAGAAGAUGGUAAGCCAAUGGAUAUUGAAAAUGCGUUACAAGAUACUAUUUCUUCUUUGAGACGUAUGAGUUUGGACAAAGAUUCACCGAAAUCGCCCUUUGAUUUCAAGAAAAAUGAAGAGCAACAACAGUCGGCUGUUAAAAAAUCUCAUCGUCGUCAUCAAUCACUUGGUCACACGUUGUCUGUUGCUUCAACUUCUGCAUCUGUUGUAAAACCUAAUAUUCCGACACAUACUCGACGACAUAGUGUUGCUCUUAAUGGAAGCAAAGAUGUUCUUAAAGAACUUGAGAAAAAUCAAGGCAGACAAUCCGGAACAGAUGCUAAAGGUGGUCAUCGUCGAAGUAACUCUAGAAACUUUGAUGGUAACUGGCGAUCAACUGCCUCACCCCUUUCUGCCUUAGCUCAACCUUUUCAACCAUUUCCACCUAAAUACGGCAUGAUAAAGAAGCAACAACAAAAUCAACAGAAUUCCAACAAUCAACAGCAAAGAAAAUCACUUUUUGCUCCUUAUCUUCCUCAAGCAAAUCUUCCUCCACUUCUCAAACAAGGCCAACUAGUAUCUGGUGUUUUACGUAUCAAUAAACGCAAUCGAUCCGAUGCCUACGUAACUACAGAAUCUCUCGACGCUGAUAUUUAUAUUUGUGGAUCCAAGGAUAGGAAUCGAGCUCUUGAAGGUGAUGUAGUAGCUGUAGAAUUAUUAGAUCCAGAAAAAAAAAAAGUUGAUAAAAAGAAAGAUGAUGUCGAAGUCGAAGGGCAAGGAUUGAUGUUAUUUGAAGAUGAUGAUAUCGUUACAGACGAUCAAAGACCUAAAUACUGUGGUCAUGUUGUAGCUGUUAUGGAAAGAAUGCCUGGACAACUUUUUUCUGGAACGCUUGCUCUUCUUAGGCCUUCUUCCACCGCGACCAAAGAAAGAGAAGCUGCCGAAAAGGCUCGUCGUGAAGCAGAAGAUCGGGCUGCUGGUAUUGAACCAAAAGUUGAAGAACCAAGAGAUGAUAGGAAAGACGAAAGAAAUGAACGUCCAAAGAUCGUUUGGUUUAAACCGACCGAUAAACGCGUUCCUUUGAUUGCUAUUCCUACAGAGCAAGCUCCAACUGAUUUUGUCGAAAAUCAUCAAUCGUAUGCUCAGCAAUUGUUUGUUGCGUGUAUUAAACGUUGGCCUAUCACUUCCCUUCAUCCUUUCGGUACUUUAGUCACUCAAAUUGGUGAGAUUGGAGAUAUAGAUGUUGAAACCGAAGCUCUUCUUAGAGAUAAUAAUGUAUCUUCAGAGGAAUUUAAUGAAGUUGUAACGAAAUGCCUUCCUUCGAUGCCAUGGACCAUUCCUGAAAAAGAAAUUGACAAUCGUCGUGACUUACGUUCUACUAGAAUUUUCACCAUUGAUCCUUCUACAGCCAAGGAUCUUGAUGAUGCUGUCUCUUGUUCUCGGUUACCUGAUGGUAAUUAUGAAAUAGGAGUUCACAUUGCAGAUACUAGCUAUUUUGUGAAACCAAAUACUCCUCUAGAUAGAGAUGCUCGUAAGAGAGCUACUACUGUAUAUUUAGUACAAAAAUCUGUUCCGAUGCUCCCACCAUUACUUUGUGAAGAAUUAUGCAGUUUGAAUCCUGGUGUAGAAAGACUUGCAUUUUCUGUAAUUUGGAAAAUGACACCCGAAGGGAAGUCUAUAGAGACAUGGUAUGGUCGAACUGUUAUCAGAACAUGCGCUAAAUUGUCAUACGAAAAUGCUCAGGAAGUGAUUGACGGAAAAACCCUAAAUGAAGAGGUCAAAAUAUUUAAUGAAUAUAAUUCUAAAGAGGUAGAAGCUGAUAUCAAAUUACUACAUGAGUUGUCUCAACGUCUUCGUGAGCAACGUUAUAAACGUGGUGCCUUGUCUUUGGGUUCAAUCAAGCUCAAUUUUGAACUUGAUGAGUAUAAUAAUCCAAUCGAAUGCUUUGUCUAUGAAUAUAAAGAUGCUAACCGCCUUAUUGAAGAAUUCAUGUUACUUGCAAACAUGAGCGUCGCACAAAAAAUUUCUAGUGCUUUUCCAGAACAAGCUUUGUUAAGACGCCAUGCUUCUCCUAUUGAGCGCAGACUUAAUUAUUUCGUUGAGCAUGCUAGUAGAUUAGGAUAUGAUUUUGAUGUUUCAACUGCUGGAGCAUUGCAAAGGUCUUUUAACACUAUAUACGAUAACAGUGUUAGAGAAGUUUUAAGACUCCUCGCCAUUAAACCAAUGCAAAGAGCAAAAUAUUUCUGUACUGGUACUUUGGAUAUCGCCAAAUAUCAUCAUUACGCUUUAAAUGUACCUCUCUAUACUCACUUUACAUCUCCCAUUCGUCGAUACGCUGAUAUUCUUGUUCAUCGUAUGCUUGACGCUGCUUUAUCGGGUGAGAAACGAUUCUACCUUGAUAAAGACACCGUUCAAAAGACAGCUAAUCAUUGUAAUGUUAAGAAAGAAGCUGCAAAGAAUGCUCAGGAACAAAGUAGUCAUCUCUUCCUUUGUGUUCUUCUUCAUAAUUUGUCGGUACAAUCUGGUCCUGUCAUUCGCGAAGCAGUCGUUGUUGGCGUUAAAGAUCAUGCUUUUGAUGUUUUAGUCCCAGCUUUUGGCAUUGAAAAACGUGUUCACUUGGACCAGUUACCUUUAGAAAAAUUUAUUUUUGAUGAUGAGACUGGUGAUCUCACUUUACGUUGGAAACCUGGUGUCAGUUCUCUUGAACCAAUCCUUUAUGAUGAAGGUUUCGCAGAGGAUGACGAUGAUGUUUUAGAUGUAGACGAAGACGCUUUGCUUGCUGAAGAUUAUCAUUAUGAAUUAAUGGAUGUAACUAGUCGUCCUUUUGAGGAUGAGAAUAGAUUAUUUGAUGUUAGCUCUGAUAUUGGUGAAGAUGAUAUCGAUGAUGAGAAUCUUGUAAACGGUGAAGACGCUGAAAUCAAUCAAGAUGCUUUUACUAUAGUUCCGCCUGUUUCUACUUAUGAACUUCAAAAAGUAGAUAGUUCAGUUUCAGAGACAUUUGACCAAUCACUUACCACUAAAACAACGACUCCACUUAUCAAAGUAACAGAGUUACCUCAAUUGCCAAUAGAUUCUGAUCCUGAGAUUCCUAACUCUCAGAUAAUUAGAGAGCUUUGUUAUCUUCAAGUUGUUAUCACUGCGGAUUGCAAAAAAAGUCCGCCGGUUAUCAAAGUUUUGGCCGUUAAUCCUUAUGCGUAA